AUGGCCGUCUGCUACGUUGGAUAUGGUAGUAAUCUCUGGCUAGAUCAGAUGAAGAGACGUUGCCCAGAGAGCAAAUUCAUUGGCAUCGGUGUGCUCAAGGACUGGCGCUGGAUCAUUACCGCAAGCGGUUACGCAAACAUCAUACCAUCCCCAGGCGAUAUCGUUUAUGCGAUCGUGUACGAACUCAGUGAAAGCGAUGAAGAAAGCCUUGACCGGUAUGAAGGUGUUCCACAGAGCUACGUCAAAGAGCACUUCAGCAUUUUGUUUACUCCAACAGAUGGGGUGGGCGAUGAGGUGAAAGAGGUGCUUGUUUACGUUGAUUACAAGAGAAUAACGGAAGGCGAGCCAAAGGAGGAAUAUAUCCAUAGGAUGAAUAUGGGCAUCGGUGAUGCACUGGAAGUCGGUAUUCCCAAUGAUUAUAUCCACAAAUACCUGCGUCCUUUUAUACCAAAGUAG